CAUUAUCUAAAUUCCCAAAAAAAUAUUACAUUAGAUUAGAAAAAAACACAUUUAUCUUGUUUCUUGCAAGAGCUUGCACGCACGGUAUCGGGGUCAGGUUGACGGGGUGCGGGGUGUGACGUCACAGCUGCGAAAUGUUACCGGCAUAUGACAACGUGAUUAUCGCGCACCGCCGGUUUUAUCAACGCACAUUAACGUUGCAAACGAUUCGCUAAUGUUAGUUGGGAUGAGGUGUUGGUGUUUAUCUAUUAAGAUGUGUUACCUUGAAGGUUGAACGUGAAUUUAACUAUUUCAUGUAGCAUUUGUAUGUAUACAAUAUGGUUACACAAGCAAAGAUUUCGUUUUCUUGUAACAAGAAAGUUUAGGGAAUAACCCUGCAUCUGAUAUUUACAGGUCUUGUGCAUUUACUGUAUUCAAAAUAAACAAUCUUAUUUGAGAACCUGAAGUAUUCGAUAUAGUACUUUGAAAUUGGAAUAUUAAAUAUACAUAUAAAGGUAACUUAUAGUUUUAAUGGGAUUUGUUGGGUAGUAUAGAUUGUUCGCGCCAUUGCAUCGAUUCACGAGCAAUUCAAAACAGAGUCUCGCGCAUGCGCGUCCCUCUCGCAGUAAACAUGUCGAGGCCUGCCCAUAACUUGUGAAAUUUCUUACCUCCCUAUAUUCUUCCCUGUUCACAAUUUACAUCAUUCGCUUACCUAUAGUUAUAACACGUAUUUUCAAUGUUUUUCCAUUAAGUUUGGUAAUGUUGUUGUGUUUGUUCGCAGAUUGGUGCCGGCCGCGCGGGUAACCGGCCCCCACGUCGCCUCAUGCGCCGCAGCUGAUACACGUUCAACCAAAACCCACGAAACCCACAAACCAAAGCCUCCAGUCAUAUCUUUCGUUUCGAAAAUCUAAAUAUAAGCACUAUUUUUUUAACCUUUUAACGAAUCUAAAUCGUAAAUAGUAUACGCUAACUCCCAAACAGUACAAAUUAAUUUAAGUCUGAAGUGAUCGGUAUUUACAAUAAAAAAAAGCCUUGAACGAGCGAAGUUAAUCAACCAACGACCAGUAUUUAAACGUUCCAAAAUAAUAGAAAUCGUUAAACGAGUGCACAAAUAUUUUAUCGAUCGUUAAAAAGUAUAAUACGACCCGAGUCCUCGAGCAUUUUGUAAAAAAGUCAGCCAAAGAUUUUAUAAACCUUUAGACUUUAAGAGUUCGUGUAAGUUCAACUGCCUCUUAUUAAGGAUUUUGAUAUUUAUUUCUUAGUCGGAUAACGAAGAUAUUGUGAUUAGUUUUAGUGUAAACCAGUGUGCCGUAUAACCGUAACAUUAAGUGCUAUAUAGAAUACAGAACGUUGUGAAGCCGAAGGAGCCACGUCACAGAGUACAAAUUGUAAGUUCCAGUGCAGUUCCGAGUGUUCAGUACAACAAUAGACUUAGAGCUUAUUUUUGUAAGAGUUUAUGGUGUUGGACGCCAUGAGGCACCGCCGCGGGAGGGCGUCAUGAGCGACGCGCUCCGGAGCGAGGCCAGCGCUGAUAGCGCACACCUACCGCCGUUCUCCACCUUCGGCGACAUGGAGAACGAGCAGCGGAUCCUGACAGCCGACACGCGGCUCCUCGACCCCGCCUGGGAGUACUACGAGCGGACCGGCGACACGGUCUCCGUCAUCGCCAGCCAGCCGCAGUACCGGCCCUGGGAAUCGAUGCCCAUCACGGUGCAUUCCAAGGACUCUAUUCUACGGGCUGGCUUUUCGGCAGCACUGGACUACCAGCCCGUGACACUGCAGCCCAUAACUAACAAGCUGCCGUCCUUCCAAAGCCAGUUCCAGACAUUUCCAGAAACUUCCGUGAUACCUGAGACGGGUCUGCCUAGCGUGACCCCGGUGCCCGUCACGGCAAGCCCCACUCCGAGCGCGAGCCCUAGUCAGUUAACCCAGCUCACGCAACUCACGACGCCGUCUUCGCCGGCGCAUCUCACCACGCUGGCGCAAGUAACGCCUUUGUCGACCACCCUGACAACAUUAUCACCUGUAAAUGCAACAACAUUCCAUACUUUAACGGCAGUCAAUGCCAGAAGCUUCCCCAUCGUGCCAGCGCCCUUGCAAGCAAGAGAACUGGCUCCAGCCGGACAAGCAUAUAUUGACGACCGGCACAUACAGCUAUACCAACCAAAUAUCGCCACAAUAAACGCGUAUCCGACGCAAAACGGAAUCUUACACCAAAACGGAACGCUGCUACAUCAAAACGGAAGCUUAUUACAGAACAUACAAAGUCCGACCGUGGUUCAUGUGUUGAAAAACGAGCCUUUUGAUGUCAAAGCGCUGCAAGACAAGUAUACGCCGAACGGGCUUCACCAUAGUAAUUUCCAGAAUCCGAUGUUGAUUGAUAACAGUUAUGAGAAAAAGACGAAUGGUUUUGGAAAUGGUACGUCACCGACAAGAUCGGACUUUAGGAAGAAGGAGCGACGGAAAAUGCGCGCGAAUAGUACGGAGUCUGACGGGUCUAAUAUGGAAGUAGGGUCAGAGAGUAGCGGGCAGGUCGCGGCCGUGUCGUCCACGGCAGGGUUCAAGUCGCCGAUGCACGGCGCGCCGCCCAUGGCCACGGGACCGAUGGAGCUGGACGACAUCACCAGUGAGAAGCAGACAAAGAAGAAACGAAAGCGUUGCGGCGAGUGCAUCGGUUGCCAACGCAAGGACAACUGCGGCGACUGUGCUCCGUGUCGCAACGACAAGUCGCACCAGAUAUGCAAGCAGAGGCGGUGCGAGAAGUUGACCGAAAAGAAGGUAAGUGUUUACGGACAUUUUCAGAAACAUCAGAUAAGCAGGAUGGCGACCAACUCUGAGGUAUUUAUUUAGAGAAACGUAGAUUAGAUGUUUUUAUGUAUUAUAAAACUUAUGCAAAUAAAAAACCCUCUUCUGAAUAGAUUUAAAUCUAUUGACAGUCAAAUUAAACUCUUGCUUACUUUAGAAGCACUUACAUUUUACAAAACAUAAUAUAUUAUAAGAAGUUAGUAUCACGUCUCUACAAAAAUCAACAAAGCAAAAUUUGAAAUCGCGUCGCAAACGAAGGGAAUUAAAAUAUAAUUUUAAUUAAGAAAAUAACAUUCUAAAUUCAAACGCAACAUGAAAGUCUCAAUCGCCAUAAAGUAAAAAGGAGGUAAGAAAACUUCGUCCAGUACACACGUUCGAAACUCAAAAGGUUGAAUGAGUCACCGCGGGUGUGAAGGGCGUGGGGCGAGCGGGAAAACGAUCGAGGGUGAAAAUGCGACGUUGCAUUUUUCUCGGUCCCGUUUCUACGCGAAAUGCUCUGUUGCCGUUUCUUUAAUUACGCCACCGCGGCAACGAUUUUCUCUUUUUUUCAACGUUUAAUUAGUUCUCUUUUUGUGAUUCGAAAUUCGAAUGUUAAUCAGCUAUGGAACUAUAGAUUUUGAGGUUAGAACUGUUGAACUUUACAUCACCGUAUUGGCGGCUUAUUCCGCACACAGAAUGAGCGAAAUAUCUCACUUUUGAAAAGAUAAAAAUAUUCAGCUGUCUCGUAGAUACGAGUUCAUACGUUAUUAGUCGUAGUCGGCGCUAAACAGAUGGACAGUCGGCUCUAAUAUUAACAUACCGAAGUAAACCAAGUAAUAAAUAUCAGAAACUCAUUUCAAAUAUUAUAAUCUACUUAUAACGUCCCAAAGUCUCAUUGUUUUAGUAUUAAUGUGAUAUUCAAGCGAGUCACGUCCCACCGAAGUCUAGUCAAUUCUGAUUAGACUUAAUGAAAACUUACGAAAACCUAAAUUAUGACUUUUUCUUGUUCUUUAAUUAAAAUUAAGUAAUUUGAAAUAAAGCUUUACUUUUAUAUUCGAAAUUUAAACUACGGUGGUGACUUUUUGACUUUGUAAGUUAUGAAAUCGUAACUAAUUUUAUAUUUUUAUUGUUUUAACGGAAUCUACUUGUGUAGGUAUUAAAUAAUAUGACACGCUGCGAUUUUUAUUCGAGUAACCGUAGGUUUUAAAAGAAUCUUUUUAAGGAUCAAUAUAUCGCCAGGUGCAAUCUUCGCACACUAAAUUAGCAAAUAAUUUAUCAGCUAUUGUGCGUUUGCGACGGAAUCGCAGCUUUUGUUACGAAAGUUGCGCAAGCGCAUUGCAAGCACAAAAGCUCUUUUACCUGCGCCAUUGUGAUUUUUUCGUAUAACCCCGACACAAUGUAAGUUUAUUCACCUAACAAAACUGUCAAAUGUCAACAAUGAAGUCUUAAAAUAUUAUAAACCUUAACUUAACGGUGUAGAGUUCAUAUUUCUUGAUAUAAAGGAACAGUCCCGAAAGAAGAUCAGAUGAGAAUUUAUUAUAGCUUAAGAAUAAGUAUUUUCUCGCUUUUAUUCAAGACAGGACUUUAAACGAUUGUCCCGCAGAUUUUGGUUUAUU